AUGAGGCAAAAGUCGCUCUCUACGAAGGAGGAACGAGCAAAAACCAGACAUCUCAAAUUCACGCAGGCCCCUCAGAGCCUGGCGAAGAUCCGAAUUCUGCUGUUCAGCUUGGGAUCAUCCCCAGAUUCCGAGCUCAUGAACCCACUUACACUAGGCGUUAGCACCUUUGCGCCUAAAGCUAGAAGUAUCCCAUUAUAUCUUGAGACUUCUUCGAAUUGGUCCUUCGGUCGACGCGUGCUUACAAUGGCACACGAGCAGAUCCUGGGCGAACCAUUGUCACCCAAGGACUUGCUGUUCCAAUGUGAAGCAUACGAUCUUGGGUGGGAUGGGCUGAGAGGAAGUGCUCCAAUGUUGAAGACGGACAGCAUCACCCUUCCCACGGCUGAGCACGCGAUGUAUCUCAUCAACGCCACCAAGUUUUAUGUCGGCCAGACGUUUCAUCUCUUCGAUGAAGAAAGUUUCAUGAUGUCUUUCGCUCGGUUUCACAACCCCAAUGCAGACAAAUCAGGUCUUAUGCCGCUGUGGUAUGUGCAUUACCUUCCAAUCCUCGUUUUCGGGAAAACCUUUCUUGCUCGAACUGUCAAGGGAAGAAAGCCACCGGGGGCAGACCUGUUUGUACAGGCCAUGGUAUUUUUGCCUGAUGUAAUCUUCCUGUGCUUGCACCAUAUUGAAACGAUUGAGAUCUUGUGUUGUGUAACUCUCUACCUCCAUUCGCUGGACUUUCGAAGUCCAGCAUAUCAGCUGAUUGGUCAAGCCCUUCGGAUCGCUCUUGAGCACUGUAUGCAUACAAACAUGCAGAGCCAGCACGUUACAGAAGCUCUGGCUCAAAGAUGUCGUAAGUUCUGGUGGACGGUCCAUGUGCUCGACCGGAACCUUUCCUCCCUCAUGAGCGCAAGUCUACCACUGUAUCCCGAACCACCAUGCAGAGCUACGGCACUGGAUAUCCAGGUAAAAUUGUCCAGAUUGAGAACCAGGAUCUCAAACGCACUUUUGAAUAUCGCACGCAUAACUGAUCAAUUGCAUCGAUGUUUUGAGAUCACGCCUGAGAAGUUCGACUUUGGUAUCUCAAGGCUCUCUGCCUACCUUCAUGUCUUACAUCAUCAAUGUGCCAUUCUAGUAACACGUCCGCUGCUUUACACUUUCUUAGAGACACGCCUUCACUCUCGACAUGUCGGACAACGCCGCUACAAUGGCGUAAAAGCAUUGUUGAUCAUGUGUAUCGACUCUGCUUUUCAGAACAUCCGCAUACUGUCCCAGUUGCAAGACGAAGCACUCCUUGAAUGUUUCCUUUCGUUCGACCUUGACGCUACAUUCAGUUCAGCGCUCGUCCUACUGAUGGCCGCAGUAAUUGUCCCAUCUCUUCCUAAAGGCAAUAACCGGCCAGCAGAAAAGGCAUAUCAAAUUCUGGGAGAAAUGACAACUCGGGGUAAUUCGGUCGCUGGCUUCAUGCUGGCUGAGCUGCGUCAACUAGAGACGAUCCUUGGACAAAUACAUCCGCUUGAAGAUCGCAGAACUAGCAAGACAGACUCUUGUCAACCAACACAGAGGCACAGCGAUCGAUAUGUACCAUCUAUGAGCUCCGACGGUCUGAUGCCUCGAUGCAUGGAUUGUACUAUCGGUGACGCUGAUUGGCAAUAUACUAUUACAACGGAGCAGAUGAUUCAGGUCGCAGAUUCUCUUGACUUUGAGGCAUUUGGUUGGACAGAUCUUCAGUAG